CCCGAGUUUCCAACAUCUUCACCGCAAAUUGGAUUUUCCGUUACUUUUGUCGACGGCCCGAUGAAACUGUUGUCUCCUCAGAUGACCCGCAGUGCCCAAGGACUGUCCACGCCCUCUUGACCCCGAACCCCAUGGUGGAUUUAAUGAAGGGACCCGCAACUAAAAAGGGGAGUUAAAAGACAAUUAUUCACAUCCUGCAGCAGCUUAUGUCCGUCACCACUCCUGUAUCAUAGCAACAGCAGCAGCAGCAGCAGCAGAAGAGAUCCAGGGGAAAAGCAGCAGGAUCCCCCGUCAGGCGGCAGCGCCAUUCCGAGUCUGGCAAAGCGGAGGCGCCGACCUCUGACAGACGCGGCUGCGCCAGCCAGCCUCCGGGAGACAUGCUAGACGUCCGUGGGAAAACUUACGCUUGCGUGGCCGCUGCUCCUGCUGCGUGCGGACCACAGGAGCGGGAGUGUGCUAGGAGCUGCAGCAGUGGAUCGCUGGGAUUAUCCUCCAGGAGAACGCGGGCCGUCUGUGCGCCAUGAAGAAAGAAACUUUCCGAAUAACCGAGAACACUGGAAUAUCACUCUUUCUCCGCUGGCCAAUUGCAUCUCGUCUUCCUCGGAUGACUGACUCCAUUGCCAAUAAAAAGUGACCAUGAUAGCAACUGGAGGUCUGCUACGGAUCUCCGCUAGAAGGCAAGAUUCUCUUCGUGCUAAGAACCGAGUACAAAACAAACGGAAAAAGAAAGCCAAAAAGAAAAGAAAGAACGAUGUGGUGGUUGUAAAGGGCAAAUUGAAGCUGUGCUCCAUCUCUGGGUUCAUUGCCGCUUUUGGAAUAUUGGUGCUUUUGGUAGGAAUAGCCAUGGCUGUAAUGGGGUACUGGCCAAAAAAUCACUCCAUCUAUAAAGAAGACUUUAGUCCUCCUAAAAGGCUGCAAAGCAGUAAAAGGAUUUAUGAUGCCAAGUUGUUUGCUCAGACAAACUGGUCACGGAGUAGCCAUGCAGUCUAUCAGCUUGACCUUGAUUUCCUAAAGGACAAUCAGACAAAUGCUACUGGAAUUGACGUUCCUCCUCCUUCUACAGGAUUUUUCUCACGCUUUCUGGCUAAAUAUUUACACUCUGACAAGCUUAAAGUUUUUGGCCCAUUAAUAAUGGGCAUUGGUAUAUUCCUGUUCAUUUGUGCCAAUGCUGUGCUUCAUGAAAACAGAGACAAAAAAACCAAGAUAAUCAACCUGAGGGAUAUCUAUUCUACGGUAAUUGAUAUACACAGUUUACGGACCAAAGACUGCACACCUUUGAACGGCUUUGUUAAUUAUGUGCAGUCCCGGGGUGUAGAUGUGAAAUCUGGGGGAUCUUACACAGCAGCUAUGUUAGUCAAAAGCUCCUGGCCUUCUACUGUUGGAGGGGCAUCCAGGGUGCAAGAUCAGGGAAGUAAUGUUCAAGCAAUGAGACGUCAGUCCCUGGCGAGAAGACCAAGUCUCUCUAGGGAAGGGUGGACUUUUACCGACACGGUGUAUAGUAUUUAUAAUGAACAAUCGAGGGCUAUCGAAAGGCCACCCAUUCCAAAAAAGUGGGAAACUACAUCUAUUGUCACUUCUUCCAUCAACGCUUUUACUCUUCCAAUGAUCAAACUAAACAAUUGUGGGGUGGAUGAAAAAAAUAACAAACAGUACAGUGAUGGUGCCAAAGAGGCUCCAGAAAUAAAAGCCAAACCAACUCCUUGUGAUUUCAAAGUGGUAAGCCAUGGGUGCAGUGAGGAUGAGCACACAAUGACAAAAGUAGAGACUUCGAAAACUGGGGUGUAUGUUUGUAAAGAUUUAGGACCAUUUUAUCAAAGCACAGGCAGCUUGCAAGAGGGAGUCCCUCGGGUUUCCCCGCAGGGAUCUCAGGUCCAGUUGCUCCCUUCAACCCCAGCUAGGAGAGCAAUGGGUUCCAGCCUUUCACUGGGAGCUUUGUCCUCCUUUUCAAAAUCAAUAGAUCUUGGUGAGUGUCUGUCAACUGCAAAUGAUUUGCAUGUGGAAAAAAGCAGACGUCCCAGCUGCCCUAGGCUGGAACGUUCAAAUAGUAAGGGCUAUAUAAAACUGGGAGAGGGAGAGGUGUCAUUUGAGUCCACUGAGGUUACUGCUGACGCAAGUCAAAUGUGUACAGACAAGUCCCCAAAGCAUGACGAUGAGGAAGACUGUACUAUUUCAGAUUCAGAGGAUAACACUGACAAUCUGCCCAAAGGAGGUCUGCGGCAAUACACAAACAGGGAAAAACUUCUAAUGAUUUCCAAGUCAAAUGCAGCAGUAGCAGUGGAUGAUGAGGAUAUUGAAAGCACUAGCAAUUGAAACAUCACAGAACUGCUCUAGUUUCUUGACUUUUUAAAAAGAUUUUAGAGUUCAAAAUGAUUGUGGACAAACUAGCAGAUAUGUGUCACUAUCCAAAGAAUUGCAGAAUGCCACAGGUAUGUCUACUGUUUAAAUGUGGGUCACUCCAAGCAAAAAAAAAAAAAAGAAAAGAAGAUACAAUAAUAAUUACCAAUUUUGUUGUAACGUUGAGCUGUGAUUGUAGAUUUCUUACAGAUUAACGGUGUAUAUUAACGGUAACAAUUGCACACACGUGGCUGUUACAUGUAUCUAAUUAGUUUGUCUUUUCUAACAAAGAAGUAUGUUCCACGACUACUUGCUAAAUGAAACGUUUGUAACUGGUUAUUUUAUUUCCUUUUUAACGUAAGAUAUGAGGUUUCCUUUUCUGCUAGAGACGUAACUGUUUUAAAAAUGUUACCAGACUUAGCAAUAUUAUCUGUAACGGAUUUUGACUGCUUGCCAAUAAUAUGUUGUUUGUAUUUCUGUCCUCCUCACAAAUAUAACCAGACUUCCUUAA